AAUAUUUUACUCACUCGAUGACCGGGUUUCAGCAUUCUUUUAUUAAACUUUUGACUUACCAUGUUUCUGUUCUAGAUGCCCACAAAAUCAUUUUCCCCAAAGUCAUAACCCACAUAAAUGUUUCCUUUCUCCACAGCCAAAAACCCAUAUAUCAAAGUGUUAACGUUAACGUUUUCCUCGCUGCAUUAAUGAACAGUGUCUUCCUAUUCAGAUCUCAUCAUACUGGUUCACUGUUGGCUUCCAUCUCCAAGCUUGUCUCCUUGUAAAGCAGACAUCUUUAUUACAGUACUGAGCGUUCAAUUCGUUGUAUAUAUCACAUUCUUUGUUUCUCUGCGAUGGAUAUUACAGCACAUAUCCAUGAAUCCCAAGUUCCCACCUCCCCAGAUUCCGGCAAUGGUGGCUUUCCGAUGAUCGCCAUUGCGCUGUUGGGCAUCAUGGCCACCGGUUUCUUGCUCGUCAGCUACUAUGUGUUCGUGACCAAGUGCUGUUUCCGGUGGCAGCAGAUUGAUCCGUUGCGGCGGCUGUUUGUGAGUAGACAGCGCCGCCGUGAGGAGGCGCUGGUGUCGUCGUAUUCGCCGUCGUUGCAGAGCCGGGGGGUGGAUGAGCUGCUGAUACGCGAUAUCCCGACGGUCCAGUACGGCGGCGGCGGCGGCGGGGAGAGGAGUUUCCGGCAGUGCGUGGUGUGUUUGAGUGAGUUUCAGGCGCUGGAAACGCUCCGGGUUCUUCCCAAAUGCAACCACGCCUUCCAUUCAGAUUGCAUCGAUAUAUGGCUGCAGAACAACGCCAGUUGCCCGCUCUGCAGAACCAGCAUCGCCGGAAAAUCAAGAACGCCGCCGCUCGAUCGGAUCAUCGCCCCCAACUCUUCCCCCCAAGAUCCCCGGCCGUUCCUCGGAAGCGCGACCGGCAGCGACGAGGACUUCGUGGUGAUUGAGCUGACCGGAGACGACACCACAACCGCCGCCUCGCCGCCGCAGACGGCGGCGCUGGACAGAAGCGACUCGCGGCGGAGCUUACUGCGGCAGCCCCAUUCUUCAAGAAAAACAAAACCCAGAAAGCUCCACAGCGCUUCAAUCAUGGGGGACGAGUGGAUUGACGUGAGAGAGAAAGAUUCCCAGUUCUCCUCCAUCCAACCCAUCAGAAGAUCCUUCUCCAUGGAUUCUGCAGCUGACAGACAUGUUUAUCUGUCGGUCCAAGAAAUCCUGAGACAGACCGGACAUGUUGACGAGGUUAGAAACAAUGGUGAAUCGAGUAGCAGCAGCAGGAUGCAUAGAUCCAUCUUCUCAUUUGGACAUGGAAUUAGAGGAUCAAGAAGUGCCAUUCUUCCCAUUGAAUAUUAGCAGUAGUAGUACUAGUUGAAAGAAAACUGUAAACCCUUAAAAUGCUUCAAACGAGUGUGAACAGACAAAACCAGAUCAUACCAGGAACCCAACACUUGUUGAUUCUCCAUUCAGAAAGCCAUGAAAACGUGAGCUCCAUUUUAAAAAUGCAUCUCAAGAAGCAUAAGAUAGACCGUCUGUCCACCU